GGCUGCAUUAAUUGGCGACUAAUUCCGUCUUGAAGGUAUUAAUAUUUCAAGUACAUUCGGUGAUUAUAGGUCAAUUUUAAUGGAGGAGGAAUCUAUUGUGACACAAAAAUUAUAUUAAUUAGUUUAUUGCAUGGUCUGAACCAAAAUUUACAUCAUGAAUUCCAUGAAAAGGAAUGGAUUGCGAGUUUUCGUUGAUCAAAAUUCAAAAACUGAAGAAUCAAGUAGUGAUGAUGGUGAUGAACGUGGUACUCCAACCCAAUUGAAAGAGGCUGCUAACAUAGAAGAAGAUAUCAAUGACGACUUAAAUAGUCCAGUGUUUUUUGAAGAUAGUAAUAGUUCAUCACAUAGCAGGACACAAUCAUUGGAAAAAGUGAUAACAAUGACAUCGUUACAUAGAACAAGAACAAGUUCCUAUAAUAAUAAGACCACAACACCAACACCAUCAAUUUUCAAUACGCCCAAGGCUGAUUUGCAUCAUGAUUAUACCCACACACCUUCGAGCUCAAUAGUUAAAUUAGAAUCUGGAUUGGUGACACCUGUUAGGGAAAGACUAUUGGAGGAGGAUGACAUGGAGCACAAUAGAUUAGAAUAUUCACCAACAAUAACAAUUGAUGAAAGGUUUGAUGUUAAAGUGGAUAUACCUUCGGAAAAGGCAUUACCGAGAACCACUGAGGAUAAAAUCAAAUUCUUUGAAACUUUCCAAAAGAAAGAAGCUCAAGAAUUUGAUAAAACUUUGAAAAGUUUGAAAAAAGGUGGUUGGAUAACUUCAAAAGAUUUAUCAUCAUUAGAAACUAAGAAACAUAAUCAUUUCAAAAAAUGGGAGAUCAAAAUCAAAGAGUUGAAGAAUUCUCUAAGGCACAAGAAAUUACAACAAGGUAUCCAUGGUACUCCUCCUAUAAGUUCUGCUGCUAGUGGACCUGUUACACCUGGUGGUCAUAUUGAUGAUUUCAGCUAUUUUAGUCCAAAAAUAAAAAAUGAUGUUGAGAAUUUUGAAGGUGAUAGAUCUCCAAACUUGCAAACUUUGGAACAACAGUUUUCAGUACUGGGUAUAAGUCAGUGA